AUGCUAAACCAAAGCUAUAUCAAUGAAUUCAUUCUCCUUGGACUUUCACAGAACUCAAAAGUUGAAAAAAUAUUGUUUGUUAUAUUUUUGUUGAUCUACCUGGCAACGAUUGGGGGCAACAUGAUUAUUGUGGUGACCAUCAUCUACAGCCCUGCACUACUGGGCUCCCCCAUGUACUUCUUCUUGAUAUUCUUGUCCUUCCUGGAUGCAUGCACUUCUUCCACUGUAACACCCAAGAUGAUGGUAGACUUCUUUCAUGAGAGAAAGACCAUCUCCUUUGAAUGUUGUAUGACACAACUGUUUGCUGUCCACUUCUUCACUGGGAUGGAGGUGAUUGUCCUGUCAGCCAUGGCUUAUGACCGCUAUGUAGCCAUUUGCAAGCCCCUUCACUACUCUUCUAUCAUGACCCGGAGGCUCUGUGGUAUUUUAGUGCUGUUGUCCUGGGCUGGAGGCUUCUUACAUUCUAUCAUACAAAUUAUCUUUACUUUGCAGCUACCCUUCUGUGGACCCAAUAUCAUUGAUCACUACAUGUGUGACUUGUUCCCAUUACUGAAGCUUGCCUGCACUGACACACACAUUUUUGUCAUUUUGGUGUUUGCCAACAGUGGGUCUAUCUGCAUCAUAAUAUUCUCUAUUUUGCUUGUUUCCUAUGGUGUCAUCUUGUUCUCUCUGAGAGCCCACAGUUCUGAAGGCAGACGUAAAGCUCUUUCUACUUGUGGAUCCCACAUUACAGUUGUGCUUUUGUUUUUUGUGUCAUGCAUCUUAAUAUAUGCUCGACCUACAGCCUUCUCCUCUGAGAAAAAUGCUCUUGUAUUUGCAACCAUCAUAACACCACUGCUCAAUCCUAUGGUUUACACUUUCAGGAAUAAGGAUAUGAAGAAUGCCAUCAGGAAAAUGUGGAAGAGAUUGAUAGUGGUUUCUGGUGAUUAUUAA